AUGCUACUGGCCGAAAAGUACUCGGAGAACAUAAAGUGCCUGUUGUUGACUUGAACAAACCAUUGCCUGCUGAUUUGCCAAUGGAUAAUCCGGAUGUAAUCAAGCUUGGACUCGAUCCAGCUCAUCUGGUCUAUGUCAUUUAUACCUCUGGUUCUACAGGAACACCGAAAGGAGUAAUGGUUGAACAUCAGCAAGUUGUACGCCUCUUUGAGGUCACACAGUAUAAAUUUGAUUUUCAUGAACAAGACAAGUGGUGUUUGUUCCAUUCAAUUUCUUUCGACUUUUCCGUUUGGGAAAUAUGGGGUGCGCUGUCAAAUAGAAGUCAACUGUCGAUUGUUCCACACAGCAUAACCCGCUCUACGGACGAAUUUUAUGAUUGGAUCUGUGUCAACGGUAUCACUGUACUUAAUCAAACUCCGUCGGCAUUCAAUAUGCUCAUGCAAGUGAAAAAUAUCAGUUCACAAUCUGAUUGCCUGCGAUGUGUUAUAUUCGGUGGUGAGGAGUUGGAUCCAAUUAUCGUAAGAAAUUGGAAUAAUAAAUACGGAAAAAGUCAAACUGUAUUUGUCAAUAUGUAUGGCACCACGGAAACUACAGUUCAUGCUACCCACCAACGACUGGAAGGUUUGGAUUGUGAUUACGCAAUUGGACGACCCCUUCCGGAUCUUUGCGCAUAUUUGCUGGAUUCAUAUGGCGACCCAGUGCUACUAGGAGCCGAAGGAGAAUUAUAUAUUGGAGGUGCUGGUGUAGCACGCGGCUAUCUCAACCGGCCUGAACUUACUGCAGAACGAUUUCUAUCCGAUCCAUUCAGUGACAAUCCAGCAGCACGAAUGUACCGUACCGGUGAUCGAGUACGAUAUCUGCCUGACGGCAAUUUGGUAUAUAUGGGACGCACCGACCAGCAAGUGAAAGUCCGUGGUUUCCGAAUUGAGCUCGGCGAAAUUGAAGCCCGUCUAGUUGAACAUCCUCAGGUGGAAAAAGCGGUUGUACAAUCCUAUGGCAAUGGUUCAGAUACUCGUCUAGUUGCCUAUGUUGUAGCUGACCCACACACUUCACUAAUCCAGGAUCUGCGUAUCUAUCUAUCACAUUUACUCCCACAUUUUAUGGUUCCAGCGUCUUAUGUGUGUCUUCUAUCCUUACCACUCACACCCAAUGGCAAGCUUGACCGACGAGCACUACCCGAACCGGAUGAGAACGCGUUUGCGCGUCAUCAGUAUGAAGCUCCACAAGGUGAAAUGGAGGAAAAAUUGGUCGAUAUCUGGCGUGAAUUGCUUGACAUUGAGC